AUGUAUAUUAUAAUUGCCAUACUUGUACUAGUUUUAGUCGUUGCAUUUUAUAUUACAUCAAAAAGGAAGAGUGGAGUUUAAACAGCUAAUGCUAAUAAUUCGGUAAUAUUUAUAGUUGGAGAUAAAAACGCAGGAAAAACUUCCUUGUUGUAUUGCCUUUCAAACUAAAAUUCAUCAAUAUAAACAACUAAUUCAAUUGAGCCAAACUAGACAGAAUUAGCUAAGCCAAAUAAUUAGAGUGUGAUUGUCGUAGAUGUGCCAGGAAAUAAUUAUUAAAAGGAAUAGUUUUUAAAUAAAAUACAAGAAGCCAAGAAAAUAAUAUUAGUUACAGAUUCAUCUGAGACAUCUUAAAUAGGAGCCACUGCAGCGAUCUUAUAUGAGGUUUUGGUUUCUAUUCCAUUUUAGAAAUCAAAAAUCCCAAUUUUAAUAGUGUUGAAUAAGUAGGAUAAAGAGAAAGCAUAUGAGGCUCCUGAUUUCGAGAUGUUUUUGUCUAGAGAAAUAGAGAGGAUAAAGAGAUCAAGAAAGGCAGUAUAAGAGUGAAGAGAGAAUACAAAUGAUAGAAUAAGAUUUUAAGAAAACCAAUUUGACAUCAAUGAGUACUCAUCCAUCAAAAUAGUAGAGUAAAGUGUUAAAGAUUGCAAUAUCCAGGAAGUCUAAAAGUUUAUAUUUAAUUGAUGAUUAUUUUAUUUAUCAAAUACAUUUAAAAACUUAUUUUUAU